GUCAGAGUGUUGUCAUUCUCAGUCACCCGUAAAGACUCUUAGCAUUGGGCGUGGAGCAGGCAAAGGCAAAGACCUUCAAAGCAUCCGACAUCUAGGAGGCAAAGCAGUGUCGCAUCCACUACGGCCAGAGACGGUGGCUACUGCACAGGCCGACUGAGACUGCUCGCCACCAGGUACCUCUACAAUCGAUUUUCCUUUUCAGCAACUGUGGCCGCGAAAAUUAACGGGGCGGAGGGAAACCAGCAAAAUCGAGUGGAGGUUGUUCCGAGGAGGAGGCUAGGCCGGCGAGGUGAGUAGUGAACUGACAGCCUCUGCGUCUCUGGGAUCUGGCUCUGCGGCUUCCUACUUCAAGAAGAAGAAUACGGACAGGGGCUUCUGGUGUCAAGAUACGGUCUCAAUUCUUUGAACUUGACAGAGUGUUGUCAUUCUCAGUCACCCGUAAAGACUCUUAGCAUUGGGCGUGGAGCAGGCAAAGGCAAAGACCUUCAAAGCAUCCGACAUCUAGGAGGCAAAGCAGUGUCGCAUCCACUACGGCCAGAGACGGUGGCUACUGCACAGGCCGACUGAGACUGCUCGCCACCAGGUACCUCUACAAUCGAUUUUCCUUUUCAGCAACUGUGGCCGCGAAAAUUAACGGGGCGGAGGGAAACCAGCAAAAUCGAGUGGAGGUUGUUCCGAGGAGGAGGCUAGGCCGGCGAGGUGAGUAGUGAACUGACAGCCUCUGCGUCUCUGGGAUCUGGCUCUGCGGCUUCCUACUUCAAGAAGAAGAAUACGGACAGGGGCUUCUGGUGUCAAGAUACGGUCUCAAUUCUUUGAACUUGACAGGUAUAACCAUAGUCCACUCCUUAUAAGAUUCAACUAAUAGUACGAAGUACAUUGUUCCAUCCAUAGCAAUAGGGAAAUGAGACGAUUCAGGUAGUCUUCAAGCUCCAAAAACAACUGUUCCUUCUGUUUUAGGAUUCACCUGCUAUUCAAGAAACUAUCUGCACUCAAGGGUGUGAAGUUUGGUCCUCAAACAUGAUCCACUUUGCAUAUUGAACUUGCCAGAUCAAACUCUAGAAGGACAAAAAGACCAGAGCGCAGAUAGAAAGAGCAAACUUCAACAUAUUAGCCGGUUCUGGCCUUAAGGGGAAGCACUAUCAUUCCAUUAUAGGUAGGAAUCAUAAUAGAGCUGGGAUCGAUUUCAUAAUCAGAGUCCGUACGGGUAGUCAAUUACAGUUAUGGUCUCGCACUCGGAACGUCUAUGAACACACUCGCAGAGCUAAACCGGCUGUUCUCUUUGCUAUACCAAAUGAAUUUCGACUUCCUUAGUGUCACGACUCUCUUCUAUCAGUGAAGACGAAGUGAGAAAUUGGAAUCUGCCUUUUAACCGAACGAAACUCAAUUUAGUUAACGGUGUACUGUUCACUGGAGGAUCUUCCAAGAAGGGACCGUACAUUGAGAUUGUCAAGGGAAUUUUCCAGAUAGAGGGGCAGUUUGGCAGCUAGAAAAGCAAAAUCCCGCCUAACAGACUGAAGAUUCCGAUCAUUGAAGUUUUGGGCCAAUAUGCGGACCGUACAAAAACCACCUAUUGUCGUGGAGAGCAAAUGCUUCACAGCAGAGGUGUGACAACCUUCUUCGGAUUGCUGAAGAUGGAGCAGUAGAUAUUGUUUGACAGGGUACAAAUGUAAUGCCUAGAAGCUAACUCAAUGAAGUUCUUGACACUGAAUAAGGGCUUGAUUGGUCAAUCAAGGUACAAAGUUUGGAUUAUCAGAUUAUGAAUCAAUCGGAGCACUCAUUGUGGGUGCUCCUACGAUAGAUAAGUAAAAACAACGACGGGUAAAUGUGCUGGCAGAUUGUCCAGUGUGCAGCGAAGCGGAGGAGAAUGUUUUACAUCUUUUUUGUAAUCGUCCAUAAACUAGAGAAAUCUGAUCUAAGUUACGCACUCAGUUUGUGCGGCCAGUUGUUUCUUUUGCUAAGUGGAUGCAAGUUAUGUUUGAGAAGCUAAUAGAGGAGGAUUUGUGCAAAUUUAUAGUGUGCUUAUGGAGCAUUUGGAAACACCAAAACAACAAGGUCUGGAAGAAUGCAGAUUUUUGCAUUAGGAAUGUGAUAGUAGUGGGACCUGCAGCUUUGGGAGGUUGGCGUGAAGCACAACUACAGAGACAAAUAACAGGGAACGCAAAUCAUGAGGGAGCAAAGUGGGGGAAACUGGGAGUUGGGUGGAUUAAAGUAAACGUGGAUGCUGCAAUCAAUCAACAGACGGGAGUUAGAGCUUGGGUAUGGAUUGCACAGGAUGGGAAUGAACAGUUUAUUCAUGUCCAACGGGGGCGCGGGAAGUACGUGAAGCAAUGUUAUGGGCAAAGGAGAAAGGUUGGUCAUGUACGGUUGUUGAAACAUAUGCUUUGUUAGUGGUGACUGGGAUUUGGGGAGAGUCGGGUUUAUCUUAGGGGGAAUUUGACUAUGCACCCCACUUUUUGGGUGAUAUUGGACUUUGCACCCCGUUUUGAAAAAACUUUGAUUUUGCACCCCAUUUCACUUAAAAUUUCUUUGACUUUGCACCCCAUUUCACUUAAAAUUUCUUUGACUUUGCACCCCAUUUAGAAAUUAUUCUUCACAAAAUGAUAUGUUUUGUGGUGCAAAGUCAAUGUUUUUUGAAAAUGGGGUGCGAAGUCAAAUAUCACCCAAAAAGUGGGGUGCUAAGUCAAAUUCUCCAUUUAUCUUAUUAAGAUAUUAUUCUUCUUAUUAUGAUAUUAUUCUUGAUGAUAUUAGACAGAUGUUGCUUUCUGAUGAGAGCAUUGUUGUAAAUUGACUACUGUAAACGAUCUACGAAUUGAGCUGCUCAUAUUCUUGAUAGAGCAGGCAUUUCUUUGUUAGGCUGUCACGACACCUAUUAUACGGUGUUUGAUUGCAUUGUAAGCCAAUUGGCCAAUGAUUGCUUGAUCUAAUAUGGUUUGAACGUUUUCC